AUGGUUGCAGGUGGUGACCACCCCACGGGUAUUGCUCCGUGCGAGCACUGUGGCCAGCCUUCCCACAAGCGGUGCAGUCGAUGCAAGGCCUUCUCAGUGUGCCGUCAGACCUGUAUGGCGGCUGUGUGGCCCAGACACAAGGAGGACUGCAAUAGCCUGGUUUUGAUGCGCCUUAACGCCCGGGGGCUGGCCGUGUACGACAAAUACGGCGUGAACGAACCACCAGAACGCGGAUCGGAUAUGAACGUGGACAAGAAGUUGGCCUUCUUCCUGGAGAUGCUCAAGGUGCACGAUGCGUCGUCUCCGGAAAACAGAGGCCUCCCUUUGCCCGAGAAGCUGUUCCUGACUUGCCGCUACAACAACACGUACCGCCACGCCGCGGAAACGUUCACGGCUAGCGAGAUCGCACAGCUGAACGCCUUGAUGCAUGAGCACCAUGUUGACAUGGUGAACCAACCGCCACAGGCGAAUCAAGCUCCAGCGAAGAGCGUUUGA